GGUUUGUGGGCGGGGCCAAGGAAACUCCUGGGCGUGUCUCCAGGGAAGUCGGGCCCCCACGUCCGAAGCUAGAAGGGGGAGGCUGUGGGAAUUCCUUGUAGAUCGGGGGAAACGGUGACUCGGGCUCCAGUCACAAAGCUCUCCACAUCACGUGACCAACCUUACCUUCGCUCCAGAAACGUCCUCAAUUUUAGCCGUGGCAAAUAAAGUGGAAGGACGUGACCCGCUCGUCCCCUCUAAAGGCCCUCAGCCUGGAUUCGGCCCUUCAGCGAACCCUAGUAUUCCAGGGUGCAACAUUCAAGGUCAAGGUCGGGCAGCGGCUGUCUAGGGUGCAUCGGGACUCCGGACUCCUCGGUUUCCUAACCGAGAAGGGGGAGCCCUGCAGAUUGGGGGGUCUUACUCUCGGGGAAGGGGUUCUUUCCCGUUACUGAUCACCCCUUCCGUGUGGGGUGGGAGGACCCUCCCCGGGUUCUGUGCGGGCUGAGCGCUGUGGCCGCAAUGGGUCCCCAAGUGGCCCUCCUGGUGGCGGCGCUAGCCGGCUGCCUGCUUCCUGCCGGGGGCUGUGUCAUAUGUGAUCAGAGGGUCGUGGCCGCGCUGGACGCCUUGGAAAAGGAAUACCUGCCUACCCACAUGGCGCGCGAGCGUCAGGGACAAGUGAUGGAAACGAUAAGACAAACCGUGAGAAAUUUCUGGGACCUGCCAUAUUUAGAGGAUGCCUUUAUGGGGGUUAUAGAUGAGGCCACAAUGGAAACGUCAGUGUUGGGUUUUCUGAGGAGUAUGACACUUAUCACAAACAGUGACAUAGCAGAUGACACUUUCGUGAAGGAGUUCUCCUGGAUGUUGACUCUGGAAAAGGCAGCCUUUCAGCGCAAUGUUGCUCGGUUCCAAAGAGAGGAUUUCUGUCCCAACAAAUGUGUCUCUUCUAUUCAGGAUGUAUGCAACCUUGAUCCUGCCCCUUCAGGUAUGAUGUUGCAGCCUCUGAUCUGGUGCAGUAAUUGUAAAAAGCAGCUUCACGUUUGUCGAAAGUCCACAGAUUGCGGUGUGCGCCACAUCAACGUCCACGAAAAGGAAGACCUGGUCCUGGACUGUGAGCUCAACUGGCAUAAGUUAUCUCAAGGCCUGACCUAUUACAGCUUUUACAGGGUUUGGGGGAGCAAUUCUGAGACCUUGGUGUCCAAGGGGAAACAGCCCACCCUGACCAAGCCCUUGGUGGGGCCAGAGGAUGCGGGUGACUACCGCUGCGAGUUGGGCACUGUGAGAUCCCUCCCAGCCACGGUCAUCCAUUUUGAAGUCACAGUGUUGCCUCAAAGAAUCAUUGAGGAGACACCGACAUCAAACUUUGAAACCGAAGAGCAGCUGUCCCCAACCCUCCAGCCUUCAGAGUACCCUAAGCCCGAGAAGGUGCUGAGAAGCCUUCUGGUAGGGCUGCUGAUCUGGGGCUUUGUGGUGCUGAUGAUCGGCUUUGUCACCGCCGUACUUUGCUUUCUGCCUGGGAACGUGAUGGAUUCCGUAAAGUCCUGGCUCCUCACGAACAAAGUAGCCGCACUGCAGAGCCAGGUUCCGAAGGUACCGAAAGAAAACGACGCAGCACCAAGUCACAAAUAAAGAUUUAUCUGGUUGCCUAAA